AUUUUUAGAAAAUGUCUUCCGGUGGAGGAAAUCAAAAGUCAGAUGGACAAGUCGAGGAAGAUGCCGCUGAAUGCAAAUUUCCGAAAGAAUUCGAAACAACAACAUGCGACGCUCUUCUGACCGCUGAGGUUUACUUGCUUCUGGAGCAUCGUCGUCAAUCGAGUGAAAGCAAAGACGAAAUUGAAGAGAUGAGCGAGGUCUUCAUCAAAACUCUCAACUACGCUCGCCGCAUGUCUCGAUUCAAAAAUCGCGAAACUAUCCGUGCAGUUCGAGCGAUUUUCUCCGAGAAGCAUCUUCACAAAUUCGAAGUUGCGCAGAUUGCCAAUCUCUGCCCUGAAAAUGCCGAAGAAGCCAAAGCACUAGUUCCUUCUUUGGAAAACAAAAUCGAGGAGUCUGAACUAGAGGAAGUUCUCAAGGAUCUGCAAUCCAAAAGAACAUUCCAAUAAAUACAAGCAAACUAAUCCCAUAUUUAUCUGUAUUCUCAAGUUACUGUAAUUGUCCUAUGAGAUCUCUCAUAAUGUGUUAUUUGAUACAAUGAAAUGAAAUUUUGGAAAUGUUUAUUAAUGUUUUUCAAAUAAUUUGUUCAAUCGAAAAUGAAUACUGGUUUC